AUGUGGUGCUUCCGCCUUAGCAACUUCGUUGCUCUCAUCGUCCUUUUGGUCGGUCCGACAGCAACAUCAGGUGCAGUUGGGGGGGCUGCACUUCAAGCAAGUAACGACGGUCUUUGUUCCAAAUAUGUUGUCCAGGCUGGUGAAACUUGUUCCAUGAUUGCUCAAGCACAAUCUAUCACCGAGGCUGAUAUCGAAACCUACAAUGCUCGAAGCUGGGGAUGGCUGGGAUGUGGGCAUUUAUUGCAGGGUACUUCCAUCUGCAUCAGUGCCGGAGAGCCCAUGAUGCCAGCUGCGCUUUCAAAUGCUGUUUGUGGUCCCCGGGUGCCUGGAACAGGACGCCCUACUAACUGGUCUGGCCUGGGGUCUUUGAAUCCAUGUCCGGCUAAUCAAUGUUGCUCUUCGUUUGGUUAUUGUGGAAGCGGUCCGGACUAUUGCACUUCUGCGGCUCAUACCAACGGCACCAAUCGCACCGAAGGGACCACAUUGAAAAAGACUCUCACAUCUACUGGCGCAGCCAAAACGAUUCAGAAACUUGUGGCUAGCAGUGUGUCCUCAUCCACUAAGAAGACCACAUCGACCAGUGCAACCAAGUCUGUCCCCAAAGCUACGUCAACCACCACAACCACCAAGACUACUUCCACCAGGAAAACUACGUUGGCGACGAAGUCAACCAAAUCAUCCCAAACAAAAACAAGCACUAAGACCAGCGAAUCGGGAUAUAUUAAACCAUGGACAAUGGAAAUGUACAGCAAGAAGAACUGCAAAGGCAAUUACGUCAAACUCCAAGGACAUAAUGUGGGCUACAAGAAGGACUACAAAUGCCUGAGACCGAAUAGAAGUCUAAGCACCGAAUCAGACACGGGGUUUUCCUGCAAAUGGGUUUAUAACAACGGCGCCUCCAUCGCUGGUUGUAAUGUCGGUGGCGUCGACGCACCUGCAUCCUGGAUAGUUAAGGGCGGUAUCUGCACUGUAUGGGAAUAUAUAUACUGCGACAAAACAAGCCAUCGUCAUGAGGGCUAUUACAAUCCGGGAUGUCAGAAUCGAGCUGAUCAUGAUAUAGUGGAGUGGUACUCUAUGAAAUGUUACAUUCCUGAAGGGCUCAAUGAAUCUUGA